GCCGGCUGCGGAAGUCUUUCUAGGUUUCAUGCUGUGUUCGCUGUGCUUUGCCCUUUGAGGUGACUUUUGUCAACCAGCUCGUUCUUGGUUUAUAAAAUAUUCCACAUACGGAAAAUGGCAGAUUUCAGUAGUUUCGACAGGCCAUCAAUGGGUUCGCCGGAAAACGCCGAGGCUGCUGAACUUCAGCGUCUGAUCGCUGUGGAACAACAAAAAGCUCAGUUUCAGGCUCAGGUGCACAACUUCACAGACGUUUGUUGGGACAAAUGCAUCGAAAAGCCGAGCUCAAGACUGGACUCGCGCACUGAAGCAUGUCUCGUGAGCUGUGUGGAGCGCUUCAUUGAUACCACUCUCGCCAUCACGAACCGCUUCACACAGAUGGUGCAGAAGGGCACACACUGAAUAUGCUGUCACCGUGCGACCUCUCAAGGACAAAUGGCUUACAUUCCUAUUAGCAUCUUCUGAUGAAUAAGAAGGAAAUAUCUAAUGCCAUAGUCUUGGACUGGAUCCCAAAUGACACUUUACUUUCUACAGACGUACUAAUUAGAGUAUAUGAAAAUUAUUCUCCAGUUUUGUCAAUCCCUUCCUCCCAUCUCCAGCAGUUUCCACCUUAAAGUAACCCUGAAUGUACCAUAAUCAUUGUUGAGGGAUGUGGGAGCCUAGUGGUUAAGGUGUUUGACUACUGAUCAGAAGGUCAUGCGUUCAAGUCCCAGAUCCACCAAGCUACCACUUUCGGGCCCCUGAGCAAGGCCCUUAACCCAUAACCUAAGCCCAGGUGUAUAAAAUGAAAUAAAAUGUAAGUCACUUUGGAUAAGUGUGUCUGCUAAAUGCCAGAAAUGUAAAUAUAAAAUCCAAGUAUUUUUACUAGAUAAACUCGAUAAGAUAAACUAGCAAUUGUCACAGAUUUGACUUCUAAAAUUCGUUGUGAAUUGUUUAACACAAGUGUUAAAAGAUUUGAUCCAAAUUUUAAAACCGUUCUUGCAAUCAUCCAUCUUUAAUUGAAAGAGUUUGGGUUACUUGCUUUAAUCACAAAUCACUAUGCUCUGUAUAAUAUUCUUGCUUCAAAUUUGGAGCCAUUUGGGAUUUAGCCUCAGUGUUUGAGGUCUCAUACAUUCACAUGUAUCUUAUUUUUUACAGAAGAAUAACUAGGGAUGAUUCCCAGUGGACUGACUGUGCAUGAUUAUAGAACCAGAUUUACGUAAUGGUCCUCUCAACCACAUCAUUAUGUCCAUUCUGUUAUUGUUCAUGUCCCUGCAGCUUCUUGGACUUUUGUCUGAAAUUAUGUUCCAGCUACGGUUCUAAUGAUCAGAUGAAACAAUAAGCUCACUGAUUGUCUGGAUUCAUUGUCAAGUCUGUGAAGUUCAGCCUUAUGUUUCAAGUUGAAGAUGUUUCUAUAUGUUUAACACCAGUGUUAAUGGAAAUGUAGCAAGACAUGACAUCGUGCUUGCUCUCGUGCUUUCAGUUAACAUUUUCAUGUAUAAUAUACACACUUAAGGACCGUUUCAGACUGUUCUUAACUCAUUCAAGAUCAUUACUGCAAUUUAGAAUAAAUAAUUAUCCU